GGAAUGGAGGAUGACUACUACAGCCUUCUUAACCUCGACCGAAAAUGUGAAGAAGAAGAGAUAAAAGGAGCGUACAGGAGACAGAGCAGACUCUUCCACCCAGAUAGACACUGUGAUGCUAACAAGGAGGCUGCUGAGCUCAACUUUCAGAAAAUAAAACGCGCUUAUGAAGUUCUGAUAGACCCCCAAAUGAGGACGAUAUAUGAUCUGUAUGGUGUGGAGGGAGUAGACAGUGGCCAGCACCUGGCAUUGUACGACAUGGACAAAAACAAGAUAAAGGAGACAUUUGAGCGGAUCCAGCGUCAGACGAAGGAGAAGGAGCAAGAAGCAGCAACUAACCCCCUUAGUAACAUAGCUGUAGAGUUAGACGCUAGUGGACUGUGUUACUCCAACAGAGAUACUUACAUUACCGAGCUAUUUAAUAUUCCCAUCAACAGUUUCUCUAUAUCACAAAGUGUAGACGCACCUCUGACAGAGAGUAACAGAGCUACAGUGAUAUGCACUGCAAUUAACAGUGAUGAUAUCUCGACCGGGCUCAUACAGACUAAUGUUAGACACACUAUCUCUAAUGAUACCUGGCUGGAAUCUGGACUAACCCUCGGUCACGGGGCUACAUUCGCACUUACCGGGUACAGGAAACUUACUAAAUACCUCUGGUGUCAUUUUAGAUCACAAUGUUCAAGGAUUGAGCGUGAUUAUCUUCAAUACAGUGCUGGUGCUACGCUGGGUAGUAAUAUCGGGGAGAAUACGGUGAUAAAAGCGGAGGUGUCGCUAGAUAAGACAGUCAAAGGAGUGUUAACUAAGUCGUGGGAGAAGUUGAGACUUUAUCUUAGUUACCAGAUAGGACUGGAGAAUCACGUGAUGUCUAUACAGUUGAUACGACCUCUCAAGAUACGAUCACCUGCUGAUGCUCAUAUUGAGUGUAGUGCAAAGUAUGAUCUACUUGAUGGAGCACAUGUAGAGUACGGAGCAUCAAAGCAACUAACUGAGUACAGUAGACUAGCUGCUCUUGUUAGAAUAGGGCACAUUUCUGGGGUCAAGUUAAAACUAACAUUAUCACGAGGAUCACAAUCGUAUAGAUUUGAUGUUAUAUUUUCUGAUGUAAUUGAACCAGCAGCCGUUUUAUACGGCACUUUUCUACCUGUAUUUGUGUACAGUGCGUUACAUUGGCUAGUUAUCAACCCGUAUCUAAAUAGACUCAAGGCAGAGGAGAUAGCAUCUAAAUCAGAGGAAUUGAAAACUCAACUAGAACAAUCUAAAGAAGAAGCUAAAGAGGCAAUACAGUUAAUGAGGCCUACAUAUGACAGGAAUGUCAACGUUGAACAAUGUAAAGGUGGUUUAGUGAUAGUUCAAGCAUGGUAUGGGGUAUUUGGGAGUUCCAAUAAGUUGAUAGACGUUACAAUUCCGCUGCAAUGUCUGGUCGCUAACUCUAAGCUCAUGCUACCUGAGCAUAAUAAGACGGGACUGGUCGGGUUUUAUGACGUUAGUUUUGGUGAAGACAAGCAGUUGGCAGUAAAAUACCGCUUCAGAAAUAUCAUGCACGAAGUUAUGAUUGAGGACGGCGAAUCUAUGAAAAUUCCUCGACAAUCUCAUCGUAUAGCACAAACUGUUAGUCAAGAGGGAUCUUAGCACUAGAUUCAAAUUAUUGCAACCAACUUACAACCAUGUCUGGUUAUUAACUGCGUGUGUGCGACUAAUCCUCCCGAAGAUAAAGACCAUCGCACUAAAGAAGAAGAUUGUAGAAAAAGCUCAUUUGACAACUGACAGAUUUCCGGACUUACACCCUAUAACAACACGUGACCCUGUUCAGUAUACAUUGGCCUGUGCAGUAACACUGCAACUCUCUCUGUGAAAUUAUGAGCUCGUUUCGAUACGUUUCCAGCAUACUAUAAUUCAUCCUCGUCCUUUUUUCGCGGCGAACUGUUUUAGGUAUGUAUAAUGAUUUGAAAUUUUGUUUUAAAUUGCGGUAUUGGUUCUGGAUUAACUUAUUUAUUCAGAUUUUAUGGGAACUAGAUUUUGAUAAAUACUGAUUGAAGAACGGUAUUAGAUGUGGUCCCCGAUUUUUAUGAUUAUACGAUUUGUAAUGAGAAUCACGUGUUUUCUACCAAGAACUUACUGUCAAACUUGUUUCCUCGACUAGUUCAAGAUAUAACAUCCGAUAAAAUUGAUUUAAAUGGCGGCUGUUCAUGUUGUGGCACAUGGGUCAUUGAGUUUAUAAGACUAAAAGGGAUAGUGAACCAUGAGUCAGUGAAAAGCUUUCUAAAAUGUUUUUCUUAAUAGUGGAGCUGACUUUUCUCUUGAAACCCUCGUCGAUGUACGGGAUCUUGAGGACAUAGUCAGGGGAGGGUUUACGUUCGGGAUGUGAAUGCUUUUUAAUUGCCGGUCCCGUUAUAUAUACAGUGGGGUGACAUAUGGUUUCGUCACUUCUGAAUGCGCGCAUUUAUGGACUGGGUUUUAUUUUUGCAAUGAUGAUUUUCAUAAUAUAUAACCUGUAAUACC